CCAUCGAAUAAAGUUGAAAAUGAAAAAUCGGUAAAAAUUUUCCUAAAACCUUGAGAGUAUCCUUAACAUUAUUCAAUUCAAAAUGACACGCGUAAUUCGUAGGGGAUGUUUCUUUAUGCAAGCAACAUUUUAACUGAACCGACGGUAGAUCGGGCAACUGAGUUUACCUGAGUUGUUGCUGUGUGCACCGAUUUUUCCAUUCGUAUUGUUCGCUUGGACGCAUUGUUUUCUUCAGCUCGCUUGGAAACUGUCGCGUCACGUCACAAAAGUAGUUAAUGUUGACAUAAAGUCUAGCGAAAUAUCAGCUUGACACUCCAAGUCGUCGCAAAUACCGGCUUUGUAAAUCGUCCAAAUGACAAUAUACGCGCAUAAGUCGUUAUUUGGGCGACUUACAUAUAGACCUUUUUUAUUACAAUGUUAAACUUUCAUUCAUAAAUCGUUGUUUACACGAAUUAUCUAUCUAUUUGAUAUUUCGUGGUUUCUACGGAUUAAAUAGAAUUCGUGGAAAAUACGAAUUAAGUCUAAUUCCUUGAUUACGUAAUUCGUAGAAAAUGACGUGGUCCCAUCUGAUACGAAUUAAGCGAGGUUGACUGCUCUUAAUAGUCUUAUUCAUUUGACUUACAUAGUUUUCUUUUUAUUCCAUAAGGGUUGAAAGCGAGCUGGUCGUUGAUGAACAAGGUUUUCUAAUUGCACAAGAUGUUUACACGAGCUUUCUGAAGUCUUGCUCUGAGUCUAACGCAACCGUAUCAAAGGGCCUUUUUGGAAAACAACUCAAAUUAAUAUUUCCUGCCAUUACUUUUUCUACAAAAAGAAAGGAUAAAAAUCAUGUAAGAAUAUAUCGUGGCAUCUCAUACCGGCACCAGCAAGACACGAUUAGCCUGCAUGACAUUGUAUUGCGAAUGAAACCUGGGUGGCUUGUAGUCGCGAAAAAUGACAGCAGUAUCAAAACUAUGUCUUAUGUUGGUAAUGGUAUUAUCAACCAGCAGAGGGUUGUUAAAGAAUUAGAAGUGUAUGGAAAUGGUCACUGGAAUUUAAGUUUUGGAGUGGUCUGUGUGCUGACCAGUGACCAAAAAAGCCUGCUGUCACCUGGGGAUGGCAUGUUUCGUGUUCGAGAUGUAGACAACCUACUCCGCAUAGUCGAUAAUGCAGAAAUGUGCAAAGGAUGGCCAUUGGGAGAGUCAACUACAGGCCAAGUGCAGCCAGUUGAGCGUUUCCAGACAGCCGAAGGAGAACCAGAAGAGAUUCGCCAGCGUGCUCGUGCUUGCUCUUGGCUAAAACCGGCACGUUCAAAAGGCACAGGCUGCCGGGUAUGCAAUGAACAUCUGCGUUAUGCCCGGAAGUCUGCAACCCUGAAGGCAACUUCACAUGAUGCCAGUAUUGCACCCACAGAUGCUGAGUGGAGCCUCAUAGACAAGGCUCCACCCAGUAUUGCACCCACAGAUGCUGAGUGGAGCCUCAUAGACAAGGCUCCACCCAGUAUUGCACCCACAGAUGCUGAGUGGAGCCUCAUAGAUGAAGACGACGCAGAUGUUGCAGCCAUAGUGGCGAAAUAUCUGCCACAGAUAAACAGCCAGAGUUUGCUGCGGGAUCAACUGCUUAACCAAGAGCAGAACCUUGGUAGAGCCCCCAGAGGCAGAAGGUGGAAUCCUGAGGUUGUGAAGGCAUGUCUGACGCUGUGGGCCAGCAAUCCUCGCACCUACAAGAAGCUGUCGUCACUUGGCAUGUUAGUUACACUGCCAAGUGGACGCCUACUUCGUUAUUAUAAAAACUCAGUUCACCAGAAGGCUGGACUCAACAAAGAUAUGCUCCGCUGGAUGCACGAGGAAGCAAAGUCCAAGCAAGUGCCACCACAUGGCAUGACUGGAGGCAUAGUUUUCGACGAGAUGUCGAUUCAGUCCGACCUUCAGAUCAUAUACUCUGAAGGCAAAGUGAAGAUCGUCGGGCUGGUCGACAUGGGAGCUGAAUGCUCUGCUAUGCGAGUACUGAAAGAAGGUAAGGCAUCAGCGCAACUCGCCACACAUGUCUUGCUGUUCAUGUACCAAGGGGACAGUGGCUUUCGCUUCCCGUUUAUGCAUGUGCCGACGGCAGAAACAACAGCACCAGAGAUAUACGUCCUUUUCUGGAAAGCUGUGCGUGGACUGAUUGAAUGGGGGUUCAGUGUAAACUACGCUUGCUUCGGUGGUGCUGUCCAUAACAGGUCCUUUCUAAAAAUGCAUUUCAAUGGCUCCAAUUCUGCGGCAGUGUCAGCUUCCUUCGCCACACACAAUGCCUGCUUGCCACAUCUGCCACUCGUCAUGAUGAUGGAUCCGAAGCACCUCUUCAAGAAAAUUAGAAAUAAUAUUAUCAAAAGUGGAUUUGGAAUAAAUAGCACCAGACUGCUGUCGCAUCAGGCAGGCUUUAUUACCUGGGAAAUGUGGGUGAAAGCCUAUCAGUGGGACCGGGCAGCGAACCCGAGCGAGGUCUCAAGGAUACACCAUGUCCUGACGGAUGAGCACAUCUGGCCAAACAAUGGUCAGAAGAUGAGAAAUAAACUGGCAGAAGAUGUCCUCGGCAAGGAAAUGCUUCAUCUGUUCAAAGCUUACCAGAAAGCUGUAGGUCGAAAUGGAGAUUCGCUCAACGGUGCGAUACAGCUGCUGGAAGCAACCAGUGUUCUGAUUGCAAACUUCGUCGACACGCGUCCUAUAACAUCAGUAGAAGACUAUCGGCUCCAUUGCAAUGCGAGAGCACUGCAAUGGUUCACAUCAUGGGAGGAUGCCGUGAUGAGCGAUCUACAGGACACUGCCAUCGUGAAGCGAAGAAAGUUGAUGUCACAGGAGACACGCUUCUACAUGAAGUCGGCCAUUCUGGGCUUUGGAAGUCUUGUUCGCCAGAAACAGAAAACCCAUCCGGGCACAAGCAUAAAUGCUGCUCAAAUCAACAGCGACUCAGUCGAAAACAUCUUCUGCCAGCAGAGAGCCAUUUUGCAUGGGGCCAAUGACAACCCCAACUACAAGCAGUUCAUGUAUGGUAUGAACACCAUCAUAUUAACCGCAGACACUGUAAACAACAGUCAUUGCAACACUGGAGUAGCAGCAGAGCCCUUCUCAUUUCGAGUGCAGAAACCCAUCAAUCCGAAGAAAUAGAAGAGUGAUGCGUAGCUGAACACAAGUAUUAUUCUCCAGGGCAUGAGAAGAUGCUGUUUCCAAGACUGUGCGACCAAUGAUGUCGGUGGCUGUGCAGCUGAACAGCAUUUGGCUGGCAUCUA